GCGCCAGAGAGGCAUUCGGCAGGGAGCCGGUAGUUGCCCGCUCUGCUAGCGGCCGCCAGUUUAUCCCGAGGCUCGGAAGCUAAGGGUGAGGAGGGAGCGAAGGAGCGGUCAAAGCUGCCGCGAAUGCGGGGGAUAUUGUCAGCAGGCGGCUUUCCCGGGGAGAGAAACUGGAGGCUAUCUAGGCUGGUUCUGGUGGGGCCAUCUCAUUGACGCGGCCUCAGUUUCCGCGUCAAAGAGAUGGCGACUUGAUGUGGCUCCGGGAUGGACCGGCGGGCGGUGUGCGAAGGGUUAAAGGGGAGGGUUUCGUGGAGAGGGCGGGGCCGGGAUUCCGGCCGCACCUGGCGGCUCCGGACUGCUCGCCCAGACGCCGCACGUAGCCCCGGGAGCCGAAUCGCGAGCGCGAGUCUCCUCGGAGGAGCCGCGCAGAAGCCGGCACCCGCCGCGGGGAGGGGCGGCGACGGCGGCGGGAGCAACCUGUGGAGGCGAGCGGAGCCGCCAUGGCUGAAUUCCCGUCUAAAGUGAGCACGCGGACCAGCAGCCCGGCGCAGGGAGGCGGCGCCGCGGUUUCGGCGCUGCGCCCAGACUUGGGCUUCGUGCGCUCCAGCCUCGGGGCGCUCAUGCUGCUGCAGUUGGUGCUGGGGCUGCUGGUGUGGGCCCUGAUUGCCGACACCUCGUACCACCUGUACCCGGCCUAUGGCUGGGUGAUGUUUGUCGCUGUCUUCCUCUGGCUGGUGACAAUCGUCUUCUUCAUCCUCUACCUGUUUCAGCUGCACAUGAAGCUAUACAUGGUGCCUUGGCCGCUGGUGUUAAUGAUAUUUAAUGUGGGCGCCACCGUUCUCUACAUCACGGCCUUCAUCACCUGCUCUGCUUCGGUUGAACUGACGUCCCUGAAGGGCACCCGGCAGUACAACCAGCGUGCAGCUGCCUCCUUCUUUUCGUGUUUAGUGAUGAUUGCCUAUGGAGUGAGCGCUUUCUUCAGCUUCCAGGCCUGGCGAGGAGUAGGCAGCAAUGCAGCCACCAGUCAGAUGGCUGGCGGCUAUGCCUAAACCAUUGGUGCCAUGGGCCACCCUGGGCCUGAAGGCUGUAGCCUGGUCCCUGUGCAGGUGGCCCCGCAAGCCCGAAGCCUGAGCCCUGCAUGGAGUCAGCCCGGAAGGGACUACACUUGCUCUUCUCUGCUCAUCAGACUCCUUGGGCUCACCCCACACUCCCAAGGAAUCAGGAUCCUUCCUCUGGCAGGCGCAUGGGCUGGAAGAGAGGCCAACAGCCAAGACCUCUCCAUCCUCCAUAUUCAGCAGAAGGUGAUGGGGGAUACAGGACUCUCUCUGCUUUGUCUUUAGGACUUCGGUGUCCAAGGCUGGGAGCCAGCCUUCUCAUUGGCACUAAAUACACUAACAAUGACUCCAGACUUGCAGCCCACCAUAGAAUAUGCCUAACAAGCAGCAAUUAUUUAUCUCUGUUUUUGUUCUGGGAAGCUGAGCAAAUUCAUGAAACCGUUCUGAUUCCUUAAAACAUAAUCCUGGCCUGACCCUCCGCCAAGCUAGCACGUCACUUGUAGGGAAACAUGUCGAAAGAGGGUUAUGAUGCUGACAGCAUGGUCUUCCUUUCCUACAUUUCAGACAUACCAGUUAUUUUAAACAAAUCAGUUUUAAGUGACUUCUCAAUGAUGAAAAGCUUAUCCAGGUUUCCCUCCCUUUCCCAAGCCUUGUUUGUAGUUUUCCCUUUGGGAAAAGCUAACAUCAAUGCCGACUGCCUCCUUGACACUGUUAAUCAGGCACCUGGGACAUGAGGGAGGGAGGGAGGUAAAGCAAGGCCUUGCUAGUGAGUUGUCCUGUGCUUGGUGGCGACUUUGUUGUUUUUGUUUUUUUACAAAAAUAAAGAUGAAAGAACUUAUUUGGAAACGAUGUUGGGGAAUCACGGUUCUAGAUGCUUAUAAACUCCAGGUAGCUGCAGCAUAAGUCAGUACAGUCAGCCCUCCAUAUCCAUGGGUUUCACAUCUGAGGAUUCAACCAAUCAGUUGAUAUGCAGGGUCAGCUGUAUUCAAAAUACUCGCCAUUUUACAUAAGGGACUUGAGCACAGAUGCUCAAGUCCCUUAAGCAUCUGUGGGUUUUGGUAUCCCCAGCGGUCCUGGAACCAGUGCCCCACGGAUACCAAGGGACAACCGUACAAAGGUUCCAAAUGCCUAUUUAAAGGCAGUUCCAGUCCUGGAGUCCCUCAGCACCACCAGCCACUUCUUUGACCUGAGGUAGGAUGACCAACUUCCUGCCUGCUUUGCUGGGACAGCCCCGUUUAUGCCGCUUGUCAUGGCAUAAAUUUAAUAGCACCCCUUUUUAUUCUGAAAAGGGUCUCAGUUUAACAGUAAAUCAUUUAGUCAUCUUGAUGAACUUAAGAUUGCCAUAAUGUCACCUACCUUGACAGUUUGUGAACAGUAAAUCAUUUAGUCAUCUUGAUGAACUUAAGAUUGCCAUAAUGUCGCCUACCUUGACAGUUUGUGAAGUUCAGAGAUCAGAUAAUCCAAGUGCCUGAUGCGCGGAGCUGCUACAGACAGUAGAGAGAGGGGAGAGCAGCAAAGAGGGGGAGUCCUUCUGAACUUAUUUUCCCACCACAGCACAACAUGCUCUGAAUAAUGAGCCACAGGCAUUUCUGGGCACCCCUUGGUCCUGUCUUAAAAAACUGGGAACAAUUAAAAUGUACUAGAUUCAAACAGUUGCAGAUGAGCUGCUCCAUUGCGAAGGGUGGGGGGGGAGGACUAAGUCUGAUACCCAUGUCCCAUUUGGGUCCCAGGCCUAGUUUGUGCCUGUUGUCCUGGUGUGAGUUAAUAGCAUCCCUUUUUACUCUCCAGUGUCUCAGAGUUUGAAUAACAAAUUAUAGUCAUUCUAGAAUUAAGCCAUAAAAGGAUAGUUUUAAGGAAGACCAACCGAUUUUCUUUUGAGGCUUAAGAGAAAACAAAAUCCUUGGCAAGUCUUACCAGGUUUCUGACACCCUAAAACACUGCCUAUUUUGGUGGAGAUGUUAACACUCUUUGUCAAACAACUACCUGUUGGUUCAGGCCAAUGCAUCCCCCAGUCCUUAGCCCCUGGCCCUGCAGUUUGGGUGAACAGUGCUUCCCAUGGCUGAGGAGGCCUAAGCAAUAGGAGGAGGCAAAUGUCUCCUGAGGCUAGGUCUGCACGUGGGGCCUUCUCAUCCCAACCAUCCCUGAGCCCCUCUGAAGGUGGGACAUGAUGAGCUAAGUUCCUGAGCAGACCGGAGAGAGUUCUAGUUUGUUUUAAAAAAAUCAGAAAGCCUGUUUUCUAAUGUGAAGCUACAACAGACGUGCCUGCUUUUUUUCUGAGUGGAAAAGGAUGAAAAAGAACCAUUUGCCUUUUUUGUUCACUUUUCAUAAUUUCAUCUUUGUCCACCUGCCUUUUCUCAGCCAGACUGAAUAGAGGGAUUCUUCAUCAAGUGCUUCCAACAUGCCUGGCCUGCGAUGGGCAGUCCCGUUUAUAAAAAGAGCAAGAAGGGUAGGCAAGGCCAGGAGACGAAGUGUUUUAAAAGACUUCGUCUUGAAAGACCAAAGUACUGAUAACCUGAUGGCAGCAGCAAUAGUAAAGAAGGGAUGACUCAUUUAGAAUGAUGGUUUUUGUUUUUUUCAAAACACCUGAAAUUUUACUCAUGGUACAAAAGUAUUUAAUAAGCGCCACGUUGGUACAGAAAAACGCACAGCCUACAGCUAGCUCAUCCUUUAAAACCAGAACAGCCAAGUGAAAAGUCAGUAGAGAGUCUUAUUUUUACUUUAAAAAUAAAAAAAGCAACAAAAAAACAACUAAGGUAUACAUUGGGAAUUGAACUACUAUAGUUUUUCUUUCUAGAGAGGUGACAUCCAUGUUUUCUGGUCAGUAAUGUUCUAUCAAAACAUUGUACUAAACCAGUGUACUAAAUCCAAGCAGACAGAUGACCAGUAAAGCUGUUUGCUAUCUCCUACUGAGCUAGACCAGUGGAACACUAUCUUGGUAGGAUUAUUUUGACAGCAAGAAGGAAGUGCACAGCCCCUACCCCAACAGAAAACCUAAGGAGCUGUUCUACAUAGAAAGGGUUUUAAGCAAACCUGCACAAAUACUAACAUGCUCUAAGAAAAGGAAACCUUUUAGACCACUUCCAGCAUACAUUCAUUGGUGCCCAGUAAAACAGGAACACCAACAUGGAAAGCAUUUUUGCUUUCAUAGCACUAACAGCUAAAAAGCACACAGCAAUAUAAUACUUUGAUCUUGAAGUGGGUAAUCAUGGAAGUUCCAAGAUUAUAUCCACUAGGUUAGCCUGAGUAUUCAUUUAUAAAAAUGUUUUCAAAAACACAUAAAUGAGAGUUAUAGAAACAAUGGGACUACAUCAGGACCAGUAGAAGACAGUAAAGUGAUACGAGGACUGUACGUGUAAGACUAGGAACUGAUUUUCACAAGUACCUUUUUAGGUAAAGGACAACUCUCUAAGUCGAUUCCUACCUCCAAGACUAGCUGUGAUAGUAGGAGUUUCAGAAAUCUUGAGAUGGGUACCUAGCUUGAGUUAAACCCUAGAUAAAUACUCCCAGUCAAAAACCCCACUGAGGCUGCAGGACUGAAACUCUGACCCAUAUAAAAAGCUGUGAGUGCACAAAAAGCCUGGUGGGAGGGCUUCCCUGGUGGCGCAGUGGUUGAGAGUCCGCCUGCCGAUGCAGGGGACACGGGUUCGUGCCCUGGUCCGGGAAGAUCCCACAUGCUGCGGAGCGGCUGGGCCCAUGAGCCAUGGCCGCUGAGCCUGUGCGUCCGGAGCCUGGGCUCCGCAACGCGAGAGGCCACAGCAGUGAGAGGCCCGCGUACCGCAAAAAAAAAAAAAAAAAAAGCC